UCCAAAUUCGAAGGUAGAAAAAGGGCCUUAUCUUUCCUUCCCUGUUCUUCACACGCUCCCGCGUCGCUAUUUUCCUCCUGGCGUUAGCUAUGCAGGCGAUCCUAGCAGCGAUGGCCGCGCAUACUGUGCUUUCAGCUGUUCCGACUUGCGCCUUUCUCCAUCCUCCUUCGCCACCUUCCUCUGCAUCCCUACUCCUUUCUACCUUUCUUGUUGAGCAGCCCCUCCGGAUCUCCUUAUUCCAAUUGUCAAGUCCAGCAGCCAUGCCCAAGCCUCUCGCUGUCACCGAAGCGACCAAGAAGGCAGUCGCCAUUCUCAAGGGCAGUUCUCAGGUCGAAGGCAUUGUGACCCUCUCACAGGAAAAUGACGCAAGUCCCACAAUUCUGAAGGUUCGUGUUAGUGGACUAAGUCCUGGACCUCAUGGCUUCCACAUUCAUGAUUAUGGUGAUAUUAGUAAUGGAUGCAUUUCCACAGGCUCGCAUUUUAACCCUAAUAAGAUGACACAUGGGGCACCUGAGGACAAUAUUCGCCAUGCUGGUGAUCUUGGAAACAUAAUUGCUAACGCUGAUGGUGUGGCUGAGACAACAAUCGUGGAUGCACAAAUUCCGUUGAGUGGACCUACUGCUGUCAUUGGAAGAUCCUUGGUAGUUCAUGAGCUUGAAGAUGAUCUCGGGAAGGGUGGGAAAGAGCUCAGUCUGAGCACUGGAAAUGCAGGAGGAAGAUUGGCAUGUGGUGUGGUUGGCUUAACUCACCUUAAUUAGUCAUUCCAUCAAUGUAAUUAAGUAAUUUGUUUCACUACUUUGACUCACCUGGAAGCAAUUUUCCAGGUUUGAAUGUUACUCAGCAUUUUUCUGCUAUUUUUACUGAUUUGAAAUA